AUGAAUAAUAUGUCCCCUGAAGUCGCGCUGCACCGGAUCACCCCGGAGCUUCGGCCACUGCUGUGCAAUGUGGUCCGAAAUGGGCGUGUGGGACUGGACUCCACCAACUGCCUUCGUGUUACAGACCUCAAAACUGGAUGUACGUCAUUGACUCCUGGACCGUGUUGUGAUCGUUUCAAGCUCCACAUACCUUACGCUGGAGAGACACUAAAAUGGGAUAUUAUAUUUAAUGCACAAUAUCCGGAGCUGCCUCCUGAUUUUAUCUUUGGAGAAGAUGCUGAGUUUCUUCCUGAACCCUCAGAAUUGCCUCACUUGGUCCAGUGGGAUGCUGGGAAUCCAGAAUGCCUGCUCCAGCUGGUGAAGGAGCUGAUCCAGCAGUACCACCAGUACCAGUGCCAGCGUCUGCGCGAGAGCUCCCGGCUGCUCUUCGAAUACGACAGCCUCCUGGAGGACCCCAACUAUGCCCGCAGCAUCGAGAUCUACGCCGGCCGCAAGAACAGCUGGACUGGCGAGUUUUCUGCCCGAUUCCUCCUAAAACUUCCUGUGGACUUCAGCAACAUCCCUGUCUAUCUUCUAAAGGACACAACCCUGGACCCUGGUGAGGACAUGGCUCUUCUGUCGGUCAGUUUUGAAGAUGCUGAGGCCACGCAGGUCUUCCCCAAGCUCUACCUUUCUCCCAGUAUUGAGCACGCUCUCGGAGGAUCUUCUGCACUGCACAUCCCAGCCUUCCCCAGUGGAGGAUGCCUGAUCGACUAUGUACCUCAAGUUUGCCAGUUACUCACCAAUAAGGUGCAGUAUGUUAUCCAAGGUUACCACAAACGCAGGGAGUACAUUGCUGCUUUCCUGAGCCAUUUUGGAACGGGCGUUGUAGAGUAUGAUGCAGAGGGCUUCACAAAACUCACCUUGUUGCUCAUGUGGAAGGAUUUUUGUUUUUUAGUGCAUGUGGAUUUGCCAUUGUACUUCCCCCGGGACCAGCCCACCCUCACCUUCCAGUCCGUUUACCACUUCACAAACAGCGGUCAGCUUUACUCACAAGUGCAGAAGUCAUAUCCAUACAGUCCAAGAUGGGAUGGCAACGAGAUGGCCAAAAGAGCUAAAGCGUACUUCAAGAGCUUCAUACCUCAGUUUCAGGAGGGAGCCUUUGCCAACGGGAAACUGUAGUCUUAUUGGCGCGCCUGCAGAGACGCGAUGUGUGUAUGUGGCUGUGUACCUGGAAGACUUUAAAAGUACUGUGCAAGUACUAAGACAAAGUGCACUGACUGCACCAUGAGUAAAUCUCAAGUUUCUUUUUCCAUGAAACUGAUAACUCUUAAUCUGCUCCUUCACUUUACCAGACAGAGUAAUGAGGCACUUCCUUACUUUAAAAGAUAUCCAGAUAUAUUUGUUUGAGUACACACAGUUAAAGCAUAACAAGAAAAACAUAUUUGUUGUUGGGGCACACAGACACCUGUUGCUGUUCAUUUCUUGGAAUACUUCUGAUUUUGAUUUGAUUGCUGAACAGGACCACCCCACUGUUUUGGUGCCGCUAUUUGUGAAUCACAAUUCUACUAAUUUGGCCCUGGUCUGAUUCUUAAAGGUGCACUGCUCAAGUGUUUUUUUAGUGGAAGGUCCGUCACCUACUUGCCUCCAUGAAAAUUUUAUUGCUUUGUCUAUUAUCAGCCAUUGUCUAUCUAUUACAAGAUAGACAAGCAGGUUACAGGACUACGCUACUUUAUGAUUCAGAUCUGUGGAGAGUCAUUCCUAUUCACAGAGGGAAUUAUUGUAUUUCUGAGCGUUAGAAAAACCUGUAAUGAAUAAAUGCUAGAUGUAUAUGUCUACAGUUAUACCGUGAAACAUUCUAACCAAAGCAAUAGCAUCUCCAUGGAGACAAGUAGGUAACGGACCCUCCAUCUUUCUCAUAACGUUAUGCCUAAUCUGUUUUUACCAUUAGAACCAUUAGAGCUAAAACUCCACUUACAGCCGCUGUUUUGUCAAUGUUGUUUUUGUUAAAGUCUAUGUAAACAACAUAGAAACUGUCACCAUGAAGAGCUGUUGGAAUGCUGGAGGAAUCUUUGUUUACUGAUUUUCCUUUGUCAUAAAACUGUUCACCUCUGUUUUCACUGUAAAAUGCUGUUAUAUUUGACCAUUGAAAUCCCUGUGAAACUUUUACUGUUAAUUGUUAUGUAAGUUAAAAAAGAAUGUUACUCCAGUACAAUAAACAUGCAUUUUCAUUA